UCCGUCCACCUUCCCUGGCUUAGGAGCUAUUUCCUCCUCCCUAAAAAGGGAGGCAAUCCUGUCUGCUCCGCCUAACUCGCAGAGUUGUGCUAAGAACCCAGUGCGCCUUAUGGGAAAGGCAGAUUAAAAACCAAGAAGCAUAAACCAGAAGCAGCAGUUUCUUGACAUGGAGAACCAAGCCAAUAAUACAAUGGGAGCUUCUCCUUGUGAGGCUGAACUUCAGGAAUUAAUGGAACAAAUUGACAUCAUGGUAAGCAACAAAAAAUUGGACUGGGAAAGGAAAAUGCGGGCUUUGGAGACACGAUUAGAUCUUCGGGAUCAAGAGUUGGCAAAUGCACAAACUUGUUUGGAUCAGAAAGGUCAAGAGGUGGGGUUACUUAGACAGAAAUUGGACAGUCUGGAAAAAUGUAACUUAGCAAUGACUCAGAAUUACGAAGGACAACUACAAACCCUGAAAGCUCAAUUUUCCAAACUGACGAAUAGCUUUGAGAAACUGAGACUACACCAGAUGAAACAAAGUAAAGUUCGGAGAAAAGAAUUACUGCACCCCAGAGAAGAAAUGCCCUUUGAACUGAGCAAUCUGAACCAGAAAUUAGAGGAAUUUAGAGCAAAAUCAAGAGAAUGGGACAAGCAAGAGAUACUGUAUCAGACUCAUCUGGUUUCUUUAGAUGCUCAACAAAAAUUAUUAUCUGAGAAGUGUAAUCAAUUUCAGAAACAGGCACAAAGUUACCAAACUCAACUAAAUGGUAAAAAACAGUGCAUAGAAGACGGCAGCUCAGAAGUUCCUCAGUUGAUGUGCGAACCGGAUCACAGUUGUGAAGCCAGUGAAAGAGAUGAGUUCAUUAUUGAAAAACUAAAAUCAGCUGUGAGUGAAAUAGCAUUAAGCAGGAAUAAGUUACAGGAUGAAAAUCAGAAGCUUUUGCAAGAACUGAAAAUGUACCAAAGACAGUGCCAGGCCAUGGAAGCAGGACUCUCGGAAGUGAAAAGUGAGUUACAGUCACGUGAUGAUCUCUUGAGAAUUAUAGAAAUGGAACGAUUACAGCUGCACAGGGAAUUAUUAAAAAUAGGAGAGUGCCAAAAUACUCAUGAAAAUGAGAAAAGACAUGAAUCAUCUUACUCACCUUCGACUAAAGAACCAGAAAGGAAAAGGAAAGAGUUGUUUUCAGUGAUCCUAGAUCAGCCAAAUCAUGAAAAAGAGUUGAACAAGAUGAGAAGCCAACUGUAUCAGGAGGAAGAGUGCCAUGGUUCUGAGCAGGAAAGAAUGAGGAAUGAAAUCUCGGACCUAACAGAGGAACUUCAUCAGAAGGAGAUCACUAUAGCAACUAUCAUGAAGAAAGCUGCCUUUCUGGAAAGACAGUUAAAAAUGGAGUUAGAAAUAAAAGAAAAAAUGUUAUCAAAACAGCAGGUAUGCAAGCGGGCAGGACAGCACUUGUUCAGGUCACUGUCUUGCUCGGCUCUGAUAGUCUCAGACAUGAGAUACAAAGCUGUCAGAACUGAAAACACACACCUGAAAGGGAUGAUGGGAGAUUUGGACCCCGGACAGUACAUGACAAGUGAAAUCACUGACAUUAAGAGUUUGGACUUCACUAACAGGGAACAUUCGAGGCAUACAUCUAUUAACAAACUGGAACACGAGAAUGAAAGGCUCCGAAAUGACCUUGCAAAACUUCGCUCCAAUGGCAAAUCAGCAUGGGCCAAUCAAAAUACCUAUGAAGACAUGGGACGUUACACCUAUCAAAACCAAAUGAAAAUGGAGAAAAAUGAAGAUAGACUUAGCCAAGACCGGGAGCCCAACAGAAGUGUGACACCAACUCUGCCGCCUUUGCCAUUUCAAACCAGAGAAAUGACAAGUCCCCUGGUUAGCGAUGACGAAGUGUUCCCACUGUCUCCCCCAGAUAUAGUCUUCCCAGCCUCUUUGGCUGCACAGCAUUUCCUUCUGGAGGAAGAGAAGCGAGCAAAAGAAUUUGAAAAACUUCUAAAUACACAUAUUGAUGAACUGCAAAAACAUACAGAAUUCACUCUUAAUAAAUACACCAAGCUAAAACAAAAUAGACACAUUUGAGCUUUUAAACUCUUUUAUUUGCUUCCCCCACCCCAAGAAAAAAAAAAAAGCUCUGGCAAAAUAUUUACAAAGCUGGAUAAUGCAACUGAGAAAUUUUGUUCUGUUUUCUUGAGUAAAUCAUUUCUGUUAGGCAGCUAGAAAAUAGUAGGUAUUUUGUUCGAGAAAGCUGUUUGUAUUUCUGCAUUAACAUAAUAAAUUCUUUGGCUAUAGAGUUACUAUUAAAAAAAACAUGACUACUCCAAAAGAGAUUUUUUUUUCCAGUCUAAGGAAUAUUUGGGAAUUAAAUAUGGAGUUUUUUCCCCCACUUGAAU